UAACCUAACGACAGCCUAUACGAGCAAAGUAAAAGCAGUCCAGUACAGACCACUGUGGUAUGCUGUAAAGAACAUUACACCAGUUGAUGUCUUCUUCAUGUUCACUUAGAUUAACCACAAAAUUACCUUCCAGUUAAAUAUGUAUCAGACUACUUUAUUACAGUUCGAGAAAGAACAAUCCAGGUCUUAAAUCCAGUACCAUAUGAACUGAAACAAUAGAAUCAGUAUGCAUUCUAAGGUCAUUUUUCACUUUUACUAAUGAAGUUUCAGUACUGCAACCUGAUCUAAAACUCGAUUGUCAUUUCUCAUGAAUAUUGUUCUUAUGAAAGAAAUCAAUUAACAUUUAAACUUUUAAUAGCAACACACCAUUUAUUCUAUUGUUUGACUGAGGAAUGGUAGAUUGGACAUUGAUGUAAAAUUACUCAAAAUAAGUUGUUUCUUAAACAAGGGUUUGACUACAGCUGUUUUGAGUUCCUCUGGAAAUAUGCUCAUAUACAGGCAACAGCUUGUUCUAUCUAACACAAUGUCAUUAACAUUAUUAUAAAAGUCUUAUAUAAAGCGUUGGAAUUCUAUCCAAAAUGCAGCUGGAAGACCGGCGCUGAAAAACAAUUUUACAAGGCUUCUUUCUACCUAUUUUUCUAAAAACAUCUAUAGUGUCUUGUGGAUGAGAAAAUAUAGGAAUCAAUCUUGGACCUGCAGGAAAUACUGCAUUAAAAUUAAAAAUCAUGAUUUUCUUUUUGAAAAACAAUGCAUAUUCCCAACACUUGGUCAGAGAAGCCUCAUCAAUCAUUUAGAGUCAUUUAUCACCCUGGGAAAAAAUAGCUGUGCCUUUCUGUAUGCAUUAUUUUGUUUUAAUAUUGUAUAGCCAAUUUUAAAAAUAUAAUAUAAUAAUAUAAUAAAAUUAAUACUUGAACUCAACUACAGUUUUCUCAAUAACCUUUCAACUUUAAGAGCACUCUCUGCAUCUCUGUGCCAGUUUGGCUUUGGUUAGUGGCUUGCUUUUCAGUUCCUAAGGUGCAGCUAAAUCUAGUGUGGAGAACCACGAGUUCACCUUUGGUUCCAUAACACUUUUUAUGAACAAAGGUAACUAUACAGUACAUACUGUAGUGAUCAAAGAUGACAAUGUCAAUAAUUCAGUGCACAUUAACAUAUAACUUUUAAGUAAUGACUGGGUUCAAUGUAUGCAUGGCCAAAAUAUUGAAUUGGUCUAACAUCUUGGCUAAAUUCCAGUACCUUUAAAAGCUUUAUAAACACCAAAGCCUUUUGGUUUGAGGUAUUGUCAACAUUAAGAUUAAAAUCGCCAGUCAAGAGUGUAUUGCCUUAAAGAACAAUGCAGAUAGUAGUUUGGGCAAUUCGGGAGGGUUAGAAACUGCAUUGACUGUUGACCUUUUAGCACAGUAGCUAAGAACAGUCUCCUUUGCAGCUUAAACUGAUGCAUAAAAUAGCAGCUACUCUAGCCACUUUCUUACUGUCAUAUGCUUCAUGGAGGACGCUGAAAUUCUGCAGAGAAAUUUAGGUAAAGAAAGUCAUGCCAGGUUUCAGUAAGUAACACAAAAUCUCCCUUCUGAUCAUAAAACAUUUGAUCUUCAUUGUGGGUUCCUUGGUGUACUGGACUGAGGUGCUUGACAAUUACAUUAAUCACAUUUGAUAAUUUUAUCCCUCUUUUUUCUAUUAUAAGAUAUAUUAGAAUUGACCCAUAUACAGUAUACUAAAUUGUUUAGCACGUGAUAGUUGGCUAUUAUAGGGAAACAUGGGUUACUGUCUAUGUCAAAAGCGUUAUUCAUUCAUACACCAACGUUUUCUCAGCUAUCAUACAGAGAUCUCUAACAUCAGGGUGCACAUCAUCACAUUUAAAACAUAUACAGGCCUUUUCCAGAAUAAAGACAUCAGUUCUUUAUCAAUGCAUUAAAUGCAGAAAGUCUACUAAAAUAAUCACAGCUUCAUAAACAGUCCGUUUUCAGUAUAGCUUAGCUACCAACCUCAUUAAAAAUGUGAAACCCUCCUAUAACACUACUGUACAUACUGGCUGGAUCAUUAUUUUCAACAAUCAAUCGAAUAGCCUAUUUUUCAGCAGCUACGGAUGCAUGCCAUCUAUAAGUAGAACACCUACACAAGUGAUUUCAGCAACACUUAUAUCAAAAUUCCUAAUAAUGGAAACACCAACUGAUGAGGUGUGGUUGGACUUCGGGUUUUCAAUGUUACUGGUGCUACUACUGCUCCCUGCAAACAGGCAAUGAAAGGAUUUGACUAUAAAUCUGCCCAGAUUUCGCAAGUUUAAAUUCAAGCAAGCUUUUCCCACAUAUGGCCUCCCAAAUGCUUUUCUAUAACAUGGAGGAGUACAGCUAUGAGAAUGACAGCUACGAUAACGACACCUUCCAGGAGUUGUGCGAAACCAACUGGACCGAAAAGUUUUCCAUUAAAGUGGUCCAGAUGAGCAUUUUCUCAGUGGUGUUCCUUCUGGGCUUCCUGGGGAACCUGCUGGUGAUCACCACCUUCACCCUGUACCGCCGGCUGUGCCUGCGCUCCAUGACGGACGUCUUCCUCUUCCACCUGGCCGUGUGUGACAUGCUGCUGCUGUUCACCAUCCCGCUGCAGGCCGGUGACAUACUUCUGGACAACUGGCCGUUUGGCAGUAUCCUCUGUAAGAUGAUGCACAGCCUGUACGCCAUCAACACCUACAGCGGCCUGCUGCUACUGGCCUGCAUCAGCGUGGACCGCUACGUGGUGAUUGUGCAGACACGCGCCGCGCAACGCCUGCGCCGGGGGCAGCUGCACUACAGCAAGCUGGUCGUGCUUGGGGUGUGGCUGGUCUCCCUGCUCCUCAGCCUGCCGGAGAUCAUCUUCGUGAGUGUGGAUGAGGAAUCCAUGCAGUGCGAGCUGCAGUCGACCUGGGAGGUCAGGAUGGCCACGCGGUACACCCAGAUCGCCGGCUUCUGCCUGCCCUUCCUGGUGAUGCUGGUGUGCUACUCCCUGAUUGGCCGCAUGCUGCUGAGGGGGCAGGGCUGGCGUCGGCAGCGCACCCUCCGGCUCAUCCUGCUCCUGCUGCUGGUGUUUGUGCUCUUCCAGCUUCCUCACACCCUCGUGAUCUCCCUCAAGGUGGCGGGUGUCAUCACCACGUGCACCCAGUGGAACGCCACCCUCAUGGCCGAGUAUGUCACAAGGAGCCUGGCUUACACACGCUGCAGCCUGAACCCCCCACUCUACGCCCUCGUGGGCGUCCGCUUCCGUAGUGAUGUCCAGAAGCUUCUCAGUAGCAUGGGCUGCCUGUGUGGCGGCGCCUCAACCUCGCUUUCCGAAAGCUGCGGCUCCACCACCCCCACGCUGCCAACAUCCAGGUCGUUCCUCACAUCCACCUCCACCACCUUCCUCCCCACUCCGUUGUCGCCCAUCCUCCCAGAUCUCCGAAAGCCACCCUGCGCCUUGCCCAUCAUCCAUCCAGCCCACGUGAAGGAGUACAUCACUUCCUCAAACUACUGUUCUGAGCUGCACCACCAUGUUUCCUGAAAUGUGCCAUUUCCUGUGGUUAUCAAGAGCCUCCAUAUGAAGACUGGUGAAGUUUAACCUCAGCGAGAAGUGUAUGUGGAAAUGUUAACAUGAAGCGAAAAGUUAUAAUACAUUAUAACUUUCAUUAUGUUGAAUCAUUAUAUUGAUUUUUUUUUCUUUGUUUUUGUUAUAUUGAAUUUUUUUAAGUUUAUUUCAUGUUAAAUAUUGCUUAAUGGGCUGGUCUGAUGGUGUGUGAAGUAAUGUUUUAUUUUUCCGUCAGUGAUUUUAUGUAGAUGCACUGUGACGCUGAGCAUAUAAAUAAACUUGCUUUCAAACUGCGAAGGUGACAAUCUCUGCUUCACUGAAUACGAUUAUAUAGACUGUAGGUGUGUGAGAUGCCUGCAGGUGGUCUGGUUUCCUCCCACACCAUCAGGUGAUGUCCUCAUGUUGAAUGACUCAUAUUCCUGGUUCUGCACUAUGCUUCUAGUAAUUGUAUAUAUGGAUAAAUGUGACUUGAUUCAAAAGAGUGCUUAUUGAAAAGAUUGCAAUAAUUUUUGCUUAAAAUUAUGGAAUGCAGUUAAAUAGCAAAAUUCCUUUUCCACAAAUUACAACAGGAUUUCAAAUUUAAACUAACUAUUAUGUUAAAUUUAAUAAUGGUAUUGUCCCGCUGUGCAUGUGCCGAUUAUCCUGAAUAUUAUCUGUCUGUUUAGUGUGUUUGAUACCGUAACAUUUUCACUAGCAGUAACAUGCAACAAAGACUUCAACAGCAAAAGCUUUGAGGGUAAUUACACUGCCCUCUUCUGGACAAAAUGCUCACAUCAGAUCUUUAGCAACUGCAGUAAUGAGCAUUACAUCCGUCCUCUGGACCUACUUCCCCCUGUUGAGUUCUGACAUAGAUUGUCACCAUCUUCUGAAAUCAAAGGAGUUCCAUGCCAAUUGUGCCUACUAUGAUGCUUAUAAUAUGUUAUUUAUAAGUAUUGUCUGGUUUUAUUAAAUAUAAAGUGUA